AUUUCCAGCAUCUGCAGAUUUCCUCAUGUUUGCAACAUUACAUUUGCCUUCUUUACCACAGACUCAACCUGUAAAUUAACCUUCUGGAAGUCUUGCAUGUGGACUCCUAAGUCCCUUUGCAGUCUGAUGUUUUGGAUUUUCUCCCCAUUUAGGUAAGUCCUUUUACCAAAAUGCAUUAUCAUACAUGUCCCAACACUGUAUUCAAUCUGCCACUUUUUUGCCCAUUCUUCCAAUUUGUCUAAGUCCUGUUGCAAUUGCAUUGCUUCCUCAGCACUACCUACCCCUCCACCUAUCUUCAUAUCAUCUGCAAACUUUGCCACAAAGCCAUCAAUUCCAUUAUCCAAAUCAUUGACAAACAAUGUGAAAAGUAGUGGUCCCAACACUGACCCCCAAGGAACACCACUAGUCACUGGCAGGCAACCAGAAAAGGCCUCUUUUAUUGCCACUCACUACCUCUAUCAGCCAUCCCGCUAUCCAUGCCACUAUGUUUUCUGUAACACCAUAGGAUUUUAUCUUGCUAAGCAGCUUCAUGUGAGGCACUUUAUCAAAUGCCUUCUGAAAACCCAAAUAAAUGACAUCAACUACCUCUCCUUUGUCCAACUUGCUUGUUACUACCUCGAAGAAUUAAAACAGAUUUGUAAGGCAAGAUUUCCCUUCACAGAAACCAUGCUGACUUUGACUUAUUUUAACACUGGUCUCCAAGUACCCUGAAACCUCGUCCUUAAUAAUGGACUCCAACACUUCCCCAACUACUGAGGUCAGGUUAACUGGCCUAUAAUUUCCUCUCUUUUGUCUUCCUCCCUUGUUAAAGAGUGGAGUGGCAUUUUCAAUCUUCCAGUUCUCCAGGACCAUACCAGAAUGUACUGAUCCUUGAAAGAUCAUGACCAGUGCAUCUGUUAUCUCUUCAGCAGCUUUUUCAGGACUCUGGGAUGUAGUCCAUCUGGUCCAGGUAACUUAUCCACCUUAAGACCUUUGAGCUUUCUUACCAUUUUUUCAGUUCUAAUAGCAAUGGCACUCACUCCUGCUCCCUGACACUCAUGGACCUCUGGCAUACUACUAGUGUCUUCCACAGUAAAGACUGAAUCAAAGUACUUAUUAAGUUCAUCUGCCAUUUCUUUGACCCCCAUUACUAUCUCACCAGCAUCAUUUUCCAGUGGUCCAAUAUCAACUCUCACCUCCCUUUUAUUCUUUAUAUAACUGGAAAAAAACAUCUAAUAUCCUGCUUUAUAUUAUCAGCUGGCUUGCCUUCAUAUUUCACCUUUUCUCUUCUUAUACCUUUUUUAGUUGUCUUUUGUUGGAUUUUGAAAGCUUUCUAAUCAUCCAACUUCCCACCCACUUUUGUUACCUUAUAUGCCCUUUCCUUGGCUUUUAUGCAGUCCUUAACUUCCUUUGUCAGCCACAGUUGCCUACCCCUGCCAAUUGAGAAUUUCUUCUGUAGUAUCCUGCGUCUUGUGAAUUAAACCCAGAAACUUUAGCCAUCUCUGCCCUGCUGUCAUCCCCAUCAGUAUCCCCCUCCAAUCCACAUGGGAAGCUCCUCUCUCACGUCUCUGUAAUUCCCUUUAUUCCACUGUGAUACCGAUACACAUGACUUAUGCUUCUCCCUCUCAAAUUGCAGUAUGAAUUCAAUCAUAUUAUGAUCACUAUCCUCUAAGGAUUCCUUUAUGUCAAGCUGACUAAUAAGAUCUGGAUUAUUACAGAAAAUCUAAGAUGGCCUUUCCCUGAAUAGGCUCAAGCACAAGCUGCUCUGAAUAGCCAUCUUAUAGGCAUUCAACAAAUUCCCUCACUUGCAAUCUGACACCAACCCAAUAUGCCCAAUCUCCUUUCAUAUUGAAGUCCCCCAUUACAAUUGUGACAUUACCCCUAUUACAUGCCCUUUCCAGCUCCCUUUGAUAUCUCAACCCCACAUCUUGGCUACUAUUUGGAGGCCUAUAUAUGAUUCCCAUAACUUUUCUUAAAAAUCCUUGCACUCCACCCGCAAAGAUUCGACAAUCUCUGACCCUAUGUCACCUCUUUCUAAAGAUGUAAUUCCAUCUCUUACCACACCACUGCCUAUGCCUGUCCUUUUGAUUAAAAGUGCACCCUUUAACGUUAAACUCCCAACUAUGCCCUUCUUUCAGCCACAGCUCAGUAAUGCCCACAAAAUCAUACGGAACAAUCUGUAAUUAUGCCAUGAGUUUGUCCAUCUUAUUCAGAAUGCUACACGCAUUUAAAUACAGCACCUUCAGUCCUACAUUGUUUGCCCAUAUGAAUUUUGCCUUUGUGGUACGUCUUAACUCUUUGCUCUGUCUGCAGUUGUACCCAAUCAUUGUCCUACCAUACAUUCAUAUUACAUAUGACAUAAUCUACCUGUAAACCUGCUGGCUCAUCCUCAGCUCUACAAUACUGGUUCCCAUCCCCCUGCCAUAUUAGUUACAACCACUCCUAACCUCAUCAGUCAUUGCUUCUGUUGCUUUCUCUCACAUACUUAAUAGGAUUCCUUAUAAAUACUGGUGUGAGUUCAAGUGAUUGCCUUUGUUUGUAUUUGUGCCACUACAAGUGGUUCCCAACGUUUGUACUUACAGCAAGACCUAUACUGGGAUUUCAUUAUAACUGACUUUAGUGCAUUAAAAAAUCAUAAUGUAUAUAUUCUUAAUGAUUAUUGGGAAGGGACCCAGACAUCAUACCCCUGCUGGUGCCAUCUCAUUCUUGCAGCCCCUUGAAUACAUCCUGAUUAUCUUGUGUCUAAAGCUUGUGUCUAAAGCUCUCUGAAGAUUGUCUGAGUUUGUACCUAUACUGCUGCAAGCACUAUUGUAGAAAGGCAUCCCCAAAUUGCUUUGCCUUACUAUAAAAACACAAAGGUCUGUAGGUGCUGGAGAUCUUCUAUAAAAGCAGAAAGCUUAAUUUUACAGAAAACUAUUUUUAGUAAUUAAUCUCACAUCUUCUUUACGGAGUUGCACGUAGGCCAAUCCAUCAUGAGUGGUGCAACACUGCUUUAUUCAACUCUGGAGCUGAACAUGCAGUCACCAAAAUAGAAGAGUUGGUAAAAAUUUGCCACUUGCUAAUGCAAAACCAUUAAAAAUAAACACUAUUUCUUGCAAACACGAGGAAAUCUGCAGAUGCUGGAAAUUCAAGUAGCACACACAAAAUGCUGGUGGAACACAGCAGGCCAGGCAGCAUCUAUAAGGAGAAGCACUGUCGACAUUUCGGGCCAGGACCCUUCGUCAGUUUCACCAGCAUUUUGUGUGUGUUACCAUUUCUUGCACUGACACUGUUCUGGACAAUUGUGGAAGAAUGGGCCUCUUACCAUACCAUAGUUUCUUGAUGAUGUGUUUUCAGAGGAUGCGUCUGGACUUUUGAUAUUAUUGUCUGCACAAUUCCAGUCAACUCUGGGUGGGUCACAUAUGAUAUUCACAUGUCUGAGAAACUUCCUAAUUUAGACACAGAUUGAAGUACAAAACCUGUUCUCAUCACGCUGGUUUGCCUGCUUUGUGUUGCUCCAGACACGAAACAGCGAUUGCCACAGAUUUUGCGCAAGAGCAACACCUCCUUCAAAGCAAAACAACACCGCAGAGGGUUGGAGCUGAAUAUUUAGAGAGAAGCACAGGCAAGAAAUGACAGAGGAACAGUGAGCAAUUCACCAAAGCAGAGCGACGUGGAAACCCUGAAACACGAGCUUAUUAAAGGCAAGAUUCCGAACACUGUAACAACGCCAAAAACAGGAUUGGGCUACCAGAAGACGACUUCUCCAGGAUAUUCAUUACCUUUUUCAAGACCCUUCAUAAUAAUUAAACUUUUGAGACCUACUGGUUGGUUAUAAAAUGUCUGUCAAAUCACCCAUCUAUCUGAAAACUGGGUUGACUAAAAAGGGCAAGAAGCCAAAAUUGCGUGAAGUCCUAUCAGCCGACAUGAUCAGCCCACCUCUGGGAGAUUUUCACCACAAGUCGCACAUUGGCAGGAGAGGAGAGGGUGACACCUUUGGGGAUAUGUCCUUCCUACAAGGCCAGGGUGAUCUUCUGUCCUCCUUGAGUACAUCGAAAGAUCCAAGGGAUGUGGCACCCCCUAAACCCCCUCGACUACACCUAGGAGAGCCCAAUGACACAGCCGAUGUCAAUUCCACACAGGCAACCCCCGAGUCUCCAGAUAACCAACCACCAACUCCUUACUCACCCUCCGUACUAUACCACCUGCAGGAGGCCUCUGAGGAAGCCCCACCAGAUGACAAACAGAUAGGUGACAAAGACCAGCAACAAACUGAAGAUGAAGAAGGAUGGGAGUGCUCAGCUCAGAGGGAAGUGGAUGACUCUCAUUCAAGCCCUUCUGAAUAUAUGUUUCAAUUUGAACUGGAUUUGGGGCCUUCGAUACUGGAAGAUGUUCUCAAAAUAAUGGAUAAUCACAAAUCCAUAACAUCACAGCAGUAAUGCUACACUGACUGCUUGACUUUAAGGCGGUGAAUUAAGUCUUCUGAUAUUGAACACAAUAGUAACAAUUUGCCCUAGGCAACCAAACUAUCCAAGGAGAACAAAGUAAUAAAUAGUGCUUGAAAUUCUGAUUAAAUAUAUAGAUAGGAUAGACUCCUUAGACUCAUCUGCAAUGAGAUUUGCAAAGUGGGAUUACAGCAUUGUAUACUGAGUACACUUUGAUUCUUCCUCCAGUUAUUGUCUUCAUUAAAGUAGCUGGAAGUAUGGUAGCAACAGAGACACAGAAGUAAAACACUUAAAUAGAAUAUUUUUUCAUCUUCUAAAUAAAGUCUAACCAACAGAAAGACUUAAAUCCCCAGUUUCAUUCAAAGAUAAAAUAGAGUACAGAAAAAGACAUGCCAAAUUGGAAUUGCAUACAAAGCACUUCAAAAAAUUAGGUUCAGCCAUGGAGUUAGCAGUGCAGAGAAAACUUUGAAAUGUAUUGCUUACUGAUGUCAUCACACCGGGCAUAAUUAAAUAGUGAUCAAAUUCCUCCUUUCUCCUUCAUAUUACUUACUAUUAUUCACUUAACAUUAUUUCAGUCCUGUUCUAACAGAAAUGAUUUGAAAGGCUUCCAGUUCCUAUAUUCCCUGGCCUGAGAACCCACAGCCAAUUAUAGCCCCCCUCAAAGUUGUGUAAAUAACAUCUUGGCUUAUACCAUACUUUCCUUUUAAAAAAUUACUAUUCCAUUGCUCCAAAGGCAAAAGGGAAAACAACAGGAAUGCCAGGAUUCAGAAAAUAAUGAUACUCAAUUCAGAAAAGGCACACAAAAAGAAGUACUUAAGUACUAAUGAUAAGAGUUGCAUCAAUAACAAAAGGGUGCCAAUAAGCUGAUGGGCUGCUGUAAGUUACCUAUUAACACAGGCAGUAGCAGAAUAAAAACACUUAAUGAGCAGGUGAGAGGGAUAAAUUGCAGUGUUACAAGGAAAUGAAGCAAUGGGAAUGAGAUAGAAUUGUUCUAUUGGUAGCUGGCAUGGAUCUGUGUCAUAAUAAACAAAUAGUUACUCAAAUAUUGCAAUGUUUACUGCUGAAAUAUUGCAGAACUGAUGGUGAAAUUAAAACCAGUCCACACCUUGUUCCACAUGUCCAGUCAUAGAUUUAGACACACUGCCUGUCAAAGCACCUGCCUAGUACCCUGGGGACCCUGAUCCUUUUUAUAGCGCACACAGGACCUCUAGUGGUAGAAGAGCUGUCAAGGUAACAGAUAGCUCAAUCCUGCAUUGUUUCUCAUUCCAACUCUGACCUCAAAACUUGCACUCUCUUCUCUUCCCACAUUAUUUAUUAUUACAUUUUUCAGAGGUUAACUUAAAAGAUUUGACUGUAUUAAAUAUCACUAUAAUACUAUGUAAAAAUGAUGAUUCAAAUAAAUGUAUA